AUGAAGUUACAUAGGCAACAAACACACACAGGGGAACUUGGUGAAGAAUCCAAUUCCCUAAGUGCAGAAUAUCUGGAUUUGCUGGACCCCGCCGACUAUGUCUUCGGCCUAGUCCACUUCCCUCCCGGUUGUGACGUCAAACAACUCUUCAGCGCCGCAGCAGAGCCGAUGCUUCAGAAAUUCUUCAGGAAACUCACCAAGCAUCCUGCCACCCCACUACGAAAACGAUUCCCUUCACCUCCAUCCUCUCAAGUCUUGGAACUAACCUACGAGGGCUCCUCUUCACAUACACGGUUGCCGUUUCUCGGUCGUUACUCUAAUGGUGGCUACUGCUUGCGACAGCUCAAUGUUAAACGAUUACAAAUAUGCCUGGGCAAUGACAUCGACGGCAAAAAUAAUGUGGAGGGCGAUGGAGAGGACGUGGAGGCGAAGGAGGCGAAGGAAGCGGAGGCAGUUUCGGCAAGCAAACGACGCACAAGCGAUAAGGGCUGGAAGCCCAAAGAGGACUGUUGGGAGGGCCGUGCCACUAGGGAAGGGAAGUGGGUGACACCGCUGCGCCUCUCCCUUCUUGCCAACAACGCUGCCACAGGCCAUGUCACUGCCUUUGAAAAUACGGAUUCAUGUAAGCGUCGCCUUCCAACAGACGCGGGCCCACUCACAGAAGGUCGAAACUGGCGAAUUCGAUUUGGCUGGAGGUUGGAUGCCUGCUCGAAUGUGGGCACCACACCAACUCAACUGACUGUGUCUCACCCACCCACUAAUAAGGAUACUUCAUCAAAGAGUCUGCACCGUGGAAUAGGCGAUGCCAUGUCCCCCAUUGGAGUCAACUCCACAGAGUGA